AUGCACGACUUUCCUGGAAUGUUAAGAAGCCUAGAUUGCCUCCACUGGGCAUGGGCUUGUUCUCCGAAUCCUCAUAAAGGGCAAUACACCCGAGGCGAUCAUGGUUAUCCAACCGUUAUACUUGAAGCGGUGGCUUCACAGGAUAUGUGGAUAUGUCAUGCAUUCUUUGGAUCAGUUGGCUCCCUUAAUGACAUCAAUGUUCUUAACAUGUCUCCGUUACUUGACGACAUGUACAACGGGACUGCACCAGACUCCUCUUUUCAAGUAGCUGGAACAUCGUAUAGGAACAGGUAUUAUCUGGUGGAUGGGAUCUAUCUGGAGCAUGCUUAUUUUGUGAAGUCAUUAUCUUGUCUAAAUGAUUGGAAAAGGUUGAAGUUUAAGAGAGCUCAAGAGCGGGCGAGAAAUGAUGUUGAACGAGCAUUUGGAGCUUUGAAAAAACGUUGGCAUAUUCUUAAAUAUCUCGCGUCGUAUAUGGAGGAGAAGAAAAUGAGCGAGGUGAUGUAUACUUGUAUCAUAUUGCAUAAUAUGAUUCUCGAAGACGAAGGAAAUACAAUAUGUGAGUAUAACGAAAACGAGAUCGUUCCACCGACACAAGCUUUUGAGGUUGGAAGUGCGGAGUACACGUCGAGGAGGGCACUAGUUAAUGAUGUUGGGACGCAUCAUGUUCUUCGUCGGGACUUAAUGGAACGUAUUUGGAACGUCAACCACAUCGAUCUUAACACAGAACCGGUUAGCGAUUUGGAAGGUCAAUUUUCCGAUGAAGAUGUUCUUUAG